UUUUAGUUUUGUAUCAUAAACCAUGCGAAUCAGUUAAAAAAUGUUAUUUUAUACAGAAGGUUUUUAUAAUAUAUUACGUUUUGUCGCUGCUGGUGAAGACGGAGAAGAUGCUAUUAAUGGUGGUCAUAGAGUUCAAAAGACUACUCAACAUGGAUUUCCACAUAAACCUUCAACAUUGGCCUAUGAUCCGAUAUCGAAAUUAAUGGCCAUUGGCACACAAACAGGAGCUGUUAAAGUAUUCGGACAGCCAGGUGUUGAAUUUUAUGGUCAACAUACUUUUACUAGUAAUUCCGGAGCUGAGCUCAAUAUACAAUUAAUUGAGUGGGUCUAUGGUACGGGUAGACUAUUGUCGCUAACUGCAGCAAAUCAAUUGAUUCUAUGGGAACCAUCUGGUGCAACAUUGGUGGCUAUUAAAGUAUUAUCAUUCGAUGGCAAAUUGAAAAAGGUAUCAUCUCUUUGUUGUUCACUAAACAAAGAUAUUGUUUGGAUUGGUACAGAAGGUGGCAAUGUUUAUCAAUUCGAUUUACAAACCUAUGCCGUAAGAGAACCGGUUAUAUACCACGAUGUGGUAAUGGAACAAAUACCACCAUCGUAUAAAUUAAAUCCUGGUGCAAUUGAAGCUAUACGUCAACUGCCCAAUGAACGUAAUAAAUUAUUGAUUGCCUACAAUAGAGGCUUGUGUGUAUUGUGGGAUUUGGAAACAUCAUCGGUGUUGAAAACCUAUAUAGCACCUGGUCAUGGUCAAAGUGUGGGUUUGUUUUUGAAUGCCUCUGGUUCUCAGUUUACUUGGUAUCAUGCUGAUGGUUCAUUUGCCACCUGGAAUUUAACCAAUUCAGAUCCACCCAAAAAUGUUAAUUAUGUACCCUAUGGUCCUGAUCCCUGUAAGAGUAUAAAUCGUUUAUUUAAAGGCAAAAGAGGAUCCGUAGAACUUUCAAUAUUUUCGGGUGGCAUGCCUAGAUCUGCUUAUGGUGAUCACAACUGUAUAUCGGUUCAUGCUUCAGAUGGCAAUAAAGUUUGUUUAGAUUUUACCUCUAAAGUUAUUGACUUUUUUGUCACCUUUGCCGACGAAACCGACAAUGCUGAUGUUCUUAUUGUUCUUCUCGAGGAAGAGUUUUGUGCCUUUGAUUUAACCGAUCCCAAGGUAUCACCAAUUAAAGCUCCUUAUCUACAUUCUGUACAUGCCUCAGCAGUAACGUGCAAUUAUUUGUGUUCACAAGUAACUGCUGAAGUUUAUGAGAAAAUUGUUAAAGCUGGUGAGGAACAGGAUCAACAUUACAGCAAUGUUGAGUGGCCUAUUAAUGGUGGAACAUUGCCUGACGAAGAGGAAGAUGGCGAGGAAACAUCUCCUCAAGAAUAUGAGAUUCUAUUGACGGGUCAUGAAGAUGGUUCUGUAAAGUUUUGGGAUUGUACUGGUGUGGUUUUGAAACCAAUUUAUAAUUUUAAAACUGCUUCACUCUUUGGUCACGAAAAUCACGAUGAUUUGCCAGCAGAAAACUCCGAACCAUUAGACGAAUCCGAGCCACCCUUCCGUAAGGCGGGUUUAUUCGAUCCCUAUUCGGAUGAUCCACGUUUGGCGGUGAAGAAAAUCGCUUUAUGUCCUAAAACAGGUCGUCUUAUUGUCGGUGGUACAGCCGGACAAAUUGUUAUUGCACACUUCGAAAGUGAUGAGGAAAAUAAAACACCGCUCAAAGUCAGCUCUAUGAAUUUGGUUAGUGAUCGUGAUGGUUUCGUUUGGAAAGGACACGAUCAAUUAAAUGUACGCAGUAAUCUAUUGGAAGUCAAUGCUGAACCGGUUGGUGAUGAGGGAGUACAUAUAACUGGGGUCUUGCAGGUACUGCCACCUGCUAGUAUUACUUGUUUGGCGCUAGAAGCUGCUUGGGGUUUAGUAGCUGGUGGUACGGCACAUGGUUUAGUAUUAUUUGAUUUCAAUAACUUUCUACCGGUAUUCCAUCGUUGCACUUUAAAUCCCAACGAUCUCACUGGUGCCGGUGAACAGUUGUCACGCCGCAAAUCUUUUAAGAAAUCUUUAAGAGAAUCAUUCCGUAAACUAAGAAAAGGACGUUCAACUCGCAAUAACCCCUCCAAUCAAGUGCCCACUACACUUGAGGCUAGACCUGUAGAACGCCAGGUUGAAGCUAGAUCUUCUGCCGAUGAUGGCAUGGGCUCUAUGGUGCGUUGUUUAAUCUUUGCCAAGACUUACAUAACAAAUGUCAACAUUACAUCACCCACCUUGUGGUCGGCCACAAAUGCCAGUACGGUUUCUGUUUUCUUAUUACAUUUGCCACCUGCACAAACGGCCGCCACUUCUGUGCCUCCGACUGGUGGAGACGCCGCACCAGCACCGCCUCGUCGUGUCUCUGCUCAGUUAGCCAAAGAAAUUCAACUUAAACAUCGUGCCCCUGUUGUAGGUAUUGCUGUAAUCGAUGCCACUGGCUGUCCGGUAGACCAGCUGGGCGGUGGUAAUGGUACACAACCACAUCGUGUGCUAAUCGCCUCCGAAGAACAGUUCAAAGUAUUUUCUCUGCCUCAAUUGAAACCCAUUAACAAAUAUAAAUUGACAGCUAACGAAGGGGCUCGUGUCCGACGCAUACAUUUUGGUUCAUUCUCAUGUCGUGUACCCAGCGAAAUUAUACAAGGUGCUAUGGCUAAUAGUUCACCCACUAAAUCAACACGUUCACAAGAGAACAAUGAACCCGCAAAUACAAGUGUGGCCUCAGUUGGUGGUGGUGUGGCUGGAGAACAUUAUCAAGAAAUGGCUUUAAUUUGUCUAACAAAUUUGGGCGAUAUUAUGGUACUCUCUGUGCCGGAAUUAAAGAGACAAUUAAAUGCUGCUGCUGUCAGAAGAGAGGAUAUAAAUGGCAUUUCCUCUCUUUGCUUUACAAAUGCUGGCGAAGCUUUGUACAUGAUGUCUUCCUCGGAACUUCAACGCAUAUCAUUGGCCACCUCAAAGGUUGUUAAUCCAGAGGGCACCAUCACCAUCGAACCUUUACCAACUAUCGAAGAAUCUGCAGACAAUGAAACUGCUGAUCAGGCAUCAGUUAAGGAUGAAGGAAAUAAUGAAGUUCCUACCGCCACAAAACGUUCAGUUACCGUUACCUCCAGCUCUGCAACUUCAGCGAAAACUAGUGAAGUUAAUAUUGAUCAUGCCGCCGGCUUAACUAAUGGUAUAGGCGAGGGUAAUUCACCUAAUCGAGCUAAUGAAACUAUUACCAGUUCUAUGGGUGAUAUAACAGUCGAUUCUGUUCGAGAUCAUUUGAAUACAACGACUACAACAUUAUGUUCUACCACCACCGAAGAGACAGUUGGUAUGUAAAUUGUUUGUUUUUUU